CACGAUUUCCCAUUCCUUUCAGUCAAUAUGCAUGGAACAGCAGUUUCUAUCGAAAAUUCCUGAAUAUUUUUCAUAAACACUUUUUAGCAGGUGACCCCACGUCCGUUAAGAGCACGGUGACAGCUGCUGUUCCGUUCGCUGGCCGUGCCUGGCCGAACCCCACCAGAGAAUAAUGCGCACCCCCCGUGUUUUUUGUCCUUGCCGGAGGGUGAACGGGAAUAGCGCGUGUAGGGGCGCCAGACGGGGGGUGCAUGUGGGCGCCAUCUUUCUCUCAAAUGGGGGUCGCAGAGGUUGGAUAGCUCAAAGCGGUGGGGCCUGUGAUGGCAUCUGGACAGAUGCCUCCGGUGGGGCGGGGCCAGUGCUGCAUGCUCUGCUACAGUCCCUUGUAUGGCACUGGACUCAGCAUAUACCACUCCAGGACCUACCAUGCUGAGAAGAGCCUCUAUGCUAAGCUGAUGGAGGUCACAAAUUACACGGCCAGCAUUCCGCAGCUGGUCAGCGACAUGAUGUGCAGCAUCUGCUACACCAUGAUCUCGCAGGCCGACCAGCUGGACAGUCAGCUGAACCACGUGACGGCGCACAUCCGGGCCCUCUUCCACAAGAUGGUGCAGAUCCAGACGGAGGCCGUGCGUCUCAAUCGGGCCGCCCAAGCAGGGCAGGACGCUCCGGCGGCGCCCCCUCGGACCGGCUCCAAUGGCGCCGGCCUGCACCUGCCCGGCCCGCCCGGGCCCGGCCCCGGCCCCGGCGACAAGACCACCCGCCCGCCCGAGCAGACGACGCCCACCAACCUGCAGCUGUUCAAGAAACCAGCCAAAGAGCAGUCUGAGGCGCCGCAGCGAGCGGCCUGGCCCUCCUCUAGCUCGGAGAGCGGUGACGGCGCCGCGCUACAGCCUACCACGGCCGCGUCGCCGGCGCCCGAGCCCGGCGACGAGGGGCUCUUCAACAUCGGCGCCUUCCUGCAGACGGACCUGCGCGAGGUGGGCGGGGAGCCGGCACCGCGCGCGCCCGCGCCCAACGUCGCGCAGACGGGCGACUUCACCGACAAGUUCGUGCAGGGUAUGGAGUCGGACGACGCGUACCGCUACCAGUGCGUGCUCUGUAACAAGCUGGGCGAUUGCGAGGAGGCCAUCCGCCGGCACGUGCGCACCGAUCACCCGGGCGCCGACCGCAUCAGCUUCCCGGCGCCACCGCCGCCGGCCAAACGGUCGCGCGCGUCGGCCGGCGCCGCCAAGCCGGCCAAGAUGGCGCGUUCCAUCACGGCCACGGCACCCGCCAUGGCGCAGAAGAUCGCUGAGCGCGCCUACGUGUGCGUCAGCUGCGACAAGGCGUUCGGCUGCGAGGCGUUCCUGACGCGCCACGUGGAGGCGCAGAAGUGCGGCCAGAUGUUCAGUUGCCAGUACUGCGCCAAGGAGUUCACGCGCUCUGACAAGAAGGUGCGCCACGAGCGCUCGCACACGGGCGAGCGGCCGUUCAGCUGCGAGUUUUGCGGCAAGACGUUCUCGCGCCGCGACAAGUGCACCAAGCACGAGCGCACACACACGCGCUGCCGGCCGUUCGAGUGUCACUCGUGCCGAGAGGUGAUGGGGACGGCGGCCGAGUACACUGCGCACCGGCGACACUGCGGCGACCGCGCCUCGUCGGCCGCUGCCGCCGCCGCUGCGGCGGGGCGCGCCUGGCCGCCGCAGCAGGCGGCCGCCGACGCCUGACGAGCGGCCGACGUCACGGCUGGCGUCACGCGUGACGUCACCCUGACGGGGCGGGUCUGCGCGGUGGAGGGCGCGUACUGCCGGGCUUGGGCUGGUGGCGGCGCGGUGCCCGAGGACUAGCGGCGGUGGUCUGCGUGAGGCGUCUGUUGGCGCGGCAGGUGCACGCUGACACGAGCGGUGGUCUGAUGUUGCCGACCGGUGCCGGGGGCUGUCCGUGGAUCGGAGGCGUCCGGCGUUGUCGUGUGACCGCGAUCCUGCCCGCGGCUGUUCCCAGCUAGUUCCAGGACUGACCUGCUGUAGCACUGGAAGUCCCUUGUGGCGUACCUGAAUGGCAGCAUUACGCGGUAACACAGGUCGACGAGCUUUUCCUGCCCCAGGGUUCCCUCGCAUUCGAUGUCGGUGGCUGUCAUUGAUCGCAUGGGCGCUGGAUGUCAACUUGGGUAACUCGCAGUAGCUCACACGCCAUGAUAUGAAGCACGCUGAUGGUUGGUCUUUCGUUGAGGGUGCCCUGUUCCGAGCAAGAACUUGCAUCGCGUUUCCGUAAAAGACUGCCGAAGCUCACGUAUAAGCCGGGCAGAAAGCUCGUGCUUCUGCGCGAAGCUCUGAAUCGCUUGUAUUAACACGUCUGGAGAGAAAUAAGUGAUCUUCCACUGGACUAGCCCGCGCAUGCCGUGCCAGCUCGUCCGUGCUCCCAUUAUGACCACGAUUUGGAUGAUCGAGGAUCGAAGAUGGGAGUGUGGCCCAGCUCAGCGGCGGCACGGCUCUGCCGGCUCACAGUCGUGUUGGUGGCGUCUGGUCUGGAAGAGCUGCGGCCUCUUUCCCCGGCAGCCACGGUCCGUUGUCGGCCUCAAGCUCGCGGCCCCGGCUAGUAUCGCGCUAGGGCUCCCCGGUGAGCAUUUCUUGUGGCGUGGAACACGUGUUACUGUGCCACCCCUCCCCCUCCCACUCCCCUUCCCUUCCGAUAGAUUGCUCUGAUGACAAGCGGCUUCUGAACGAUUCGUGUACCAACAGGCUGGUGCCGUUGUGUCUGAGUGGGGCGCGGACUCAGACUCCUAGGGCUCCUGGAGCUUCUGGGAUAGGGAAGGGGAUCCCUGGGACGCUCUUUCUGCAGUGGAUAAGUUAUACCCUGUGUGCCCCCCGCCCCCACUCUGGCUUUAAAACGAUUCUGAUGCUUUCACGCCCUGGCAUCGAGCGGGUUCACCUUGCUAUAAGGCGUCUCUCUAAACUGCCCCUAACUUCAGUUGCCUGACGUUUCUCCGCACCACCCCUUUGCGGAUAUGGUACGGUUUAUGAUGUGUGAUAAUCGUGGUCACCAAUGUGUCGAGGCAUCUUAUACUAGAUGAUCUGCACCCAAAUUUUUCCUGGUGAUAGAUGGCCAGGAUUGUGAAAAUGUGCAGGCCUUAGGCCAAAGAACGUCGCGACUCGCAACUGAACGAGCUAGGUAAUGGUCACGCUGUACUAUUUUUGUAUUCAUAAAGUGCCAUUUUGAAGUCAUGAUUUGUACGCUGUACAGUGCCUCUCCAUAUUUUGUAUGACCCGUGUGCAUAAUAAAGUUGGGUUGAUGAUU